AAAACCUCAUCUCUUGUCUUUCUGUCUCUGAAACUGUCAACCUCAUUCGUCUCAAACUCACUCAUUCUUCUCUCUCUCUCUCUCUCUCUCUCUUUUUUCUAUCUUCCAUGGAAGAAACCAAUGGACGAAGAGAAACUCACGAUUUCAUGAACGUCAACGUUGAAUCUUUCUCGCAGCUUCCUUUCAUCCGCCGUACUCCGCCCAAAGAAAAAGCAGCCAUUAUUCGUCUCUUCGGCCAAGAGCUCGUCGGAGAUAACUCCGAGAACAUAUCUGCAGAUUCUUCUGACCAAACGUCUACCAAGAACGAUGAGAGCUCUGAGAAUAUCAAGGACAAGGAAAAGGACAAGGACAAGGAGAAAGACAGAGACAAAGACAAGGACAAAGACAACAACAACAACAGGAGAUUCGAGUGUCACUACUGCUUCAGAAACUUCCCUACUUCUCAAGCCCUAGGUGGACAUCAAAACGCUCACAAACGCGAACGUCAACACGCCAAACGCGGUUCCAUGACUUCAUACCUUCACCAUCAUCAUCAGCCUGACCCUCACCACGUCUACGGCUUCCUCAACAGCCACCACCACCGUCACUACCCCUCGUGGACGUCGGAGCCUAGAUACUACGGUGGAGGAGGACAUCAAACAUCGUCGUAUUAUUCAAGGAGUACUCUUCCUCCUCCUCCACCUUCUAAUAUCCCACCGACAAUAAACGGAAGUCCAUUAGGUUUGUGGCGUGUACCGCCUUCCACGUCAGCAAACACUAUUCAUCAUGGCGUUUACUCAGCUUCACCAGCUUCAGUGUUUAGGACGCAUGAGCAAGAGACGACUAAGGAGCCUCACUGGCCGUACAGAUUGAUGAAACCCAAUGUACAAGAUCAUGUGAGUCUCGAUCUUCAUCUUUGACAAAUUUUUCUUCUUCUUUUUUUAACUUAUAGCCGUGAUGAGACGAGAAAACAAAAAACAAGAACCGGCAUGGUGUGUAGAUCUUGAACCUUUAUGAGGUUUUCACAUUCUAAUGCGUUUGUAUCAUUUAAUAAAGGAAUAAUAUUUUGGUUAAUUAGUAAGAUAUAUAUAUGUUCAUCCAUUUUCCUCUCACGUGUGUGUGAAUGAUACAAUUAUUACUUUUUGUUUGUUUUCAUCUGUUCA